AUGUCGAAAUACCAACGAUGGCGAUUAAUCACAGAUCUACACCGACAUUUUUGGACACGAUGGAAGAACGAGUACCUUAGUAGCCUUCAAAUCAGGAAAAAAUGGUCUGCACCCGGUCAGGAACUCCGUAUUGGUGACCUUGUCCUCGUCAGGGAGGCGAUACAUCCUCUUCGUUGGAGAACUGGAAGAAUUCGUGAACUCCAUCCUGGCUCAGACGGAAUCUCCAGAGUGGCCACUCUCGACACUUCAUCUGGACCAUUGAAGCGCCCAGCGGUCAAGCUCUGUCCACUCCCAAUCUCUUGA